AUGAGCGCUAAACAGCGAAUGAAAGUGCAGAAUGAGCGUGCUCACAGCAACAUUGCUAACCGUGGCAAUGUCCCAAAAUCACUGAAAUCUAACGACGAUCAGUCGAAUUUGAAUGCGUGGGUUCUCGGUCUCAUUGUAUUUGUCGUUUGUGGUUCUGUUGUCUUCGAAAUCAUCCAACACAUAAGAAUGGCUUUCUAA